CGGUGACGGGCGGGUGAUGGCGGCGGGCGGAGCGCGGCCGCGCUGACGGCGCCAAGAUGGCGGCGCUGGGGGACGGGGACUUCGCGGCGCUGCAGAUCCUGCUGAAGGCGCCGUCGAAGGACGCCGUGCGGCAGCUGUGCCAGGAGUGCUUCUCCAGCCCGCCCGCCGCGCUCGGCUCGCUGGCGCAGCGCGCCGGCCCCGGGCUCGCCGUCAGCGCCGAGGAAGCGGAGCAGCUGGUGUCUGCUUUGCGCAACCUCACCAGGCACGUGGUGUACCGCGGCUUGACCAGGGCAGAAGACAUCCUCUGUCUCUUCCCAGAAAACUUCCACCAAAACCUGAAAAACCUCUUGACUAAGAUUAUCUUGGAGAAUAUCUCUGCUUGGAAGAAUGAAGCACAAGCCAGUCAGAUCUCCCUGCCUCGGCUGGUGGACAUGGACUGGAGGGUGGACAUCAAGACAUCUUCAGACAGCAUCGUAAGAAUGGCAGUUCCUACCUGCCUGCUGCAGUUAAAGAUUCAGGAAGAUCCUGCCUUAUGUGGAAAUAAUCCUGUUGUUUCUGCACUGACUGUGGAACUGAGCAAAGAAACCCUGGACACUAUGUUAGAAGGUCUGGGAAGGAUUCGGGACCAACUUUCUGCUGUUGCAAACAAAUGAGUGCUCAAGGGCAUGGAUUCCAGCAGCAAGGAAGGGAAGUAUUCUCUACCUACAGCUGUCAGAAGUUGCAGCCUAGUGUAACACAUUGUCUAUUUCAGCAAAACAAAACUGAAGAGAUUUCUUUCUUGAAUUAAUGAGAUAGCUUUUGAAAGGCUAACACUCAAAUACUCAUUUGGAUGGAGGCCAAAAAUGUUUUUCUAUUAUGUUGUUGAACAAAAGCUGUUCACUGUUUCAGAAGAGGAUUUGAGGGCUCAGAGCCUGGCUUAAUCACAAGGGUCAUAACUGGAAACAGCAAAUAGCUGCAGCCAAUGAAGCAAGUUCUCUGUCCUGAAAUGAGAAUCUGAAAGGCUCAAGCUGGGUAAUGGGCUGCCUUCCAACAAAGGGAGGGUGCUUCUCUCUGGGAUGUGCAUGUACUGAGGUGCCUGCUGGAUGUAGUACUCUCUCCCUCUCAGUGAAGCACAGCCGUGCUGCAGAUUGUUAUUACAGGAUGAUGCACUGAAAUAGGGCAGUUAUGUUACAACACAUUCCAUUCUGAUCAGCUUCACAGCACCAUUUGCAAAGUGACUGUUCUGAACAUCUUUAGCAGGAACUAAUUUCCUCCUUCUGUUUGUAAAGAAAAAAAGGAGAUCGGGUGAUUCAUGUUUGGGGCUUAUUGGACUCUGGGUUUCGUCUUUGCUGCACAAAAACCAAACUGGGAGAAUAAAGAAUUGAAGGCUGUUUGCUGUAGGAAACCCCUCUGUGGCAAUAUGUGCCUAUACUUCUUCAAAGUGUUCUGUUCUUUGUGUAAAUUUUCAUUUAAUUAAAGAAUGAACUGCUAA